AUGCUACUUCGAGGCAGAUCCAAAGACAGAACGCGGAAAGUGACACCACCUGGCCCAGUUGCUAUGUCAAAUGAUCAAUUCGCUGAGUAUCUCGCUGGGUUGAGAAAUAAUCGUGUUGCCAGACCAAGUGGUGCAAGGCCUCUACCACCCAGCAAUCGACGAGAAUCGACCGAUAAACAUGCUUCUACCACACAAGCUUCGACUCCAACCUCGGAGACAAACGAAACAUCCGCAAGGUCUUCCAACGACUUUGCUUCUAGAUCAGCAAGUGCUUUCUCCCAUAGAAGAGCGGAAUCCGCCAUGUCUUCGUAUUCAGUCACAUCAAGAACAGGCCGGCAGCCGGUGCAGCAGCCAACAUCUUCAAAUACCCCAGUCCUCGUUAAGCCAUCAGAGGUCGUUCCUAGUGCAACAUAUAUUGAGCGUGGCCAGAGAUGGAUGGAAAAAGAAGAGGCGGUAUCGUUGCGCGAAGCUAUGGAAGAUAUGGAUCUGAAAAAGCAGGAAGAAGAGGCCAGGCUUCAUGCUGCUGCUCAAGAUGAAGCGUCAGAACUUGUUUACCAGCAUCAAAAUCCGGAAGCUGUGAAUCCCGAUGCGCCAUAUCGAUACAAUGACCAUCUCAGAAAGAACAGCUACGCUCAUGCAAGAACACAAAGUGUUGGUAGAUAUGGAGGAAUUGGAAUGGCCACUGGACUGGCUCGGGAUCUGGCUCCCCGAUCGUUUUCAAAUGGCUCAACCAGUAGUGGUGGAAUGAUGUCGCCGCGUUCUCCUAGAGAACGAGUAUCAAGCGGAUAUUUUGAAAACUUUGAUCGAGCACUCAGCCCAGAACCAACCGUUCGCCAAUCGCUUGAUUCCACAAGAUCGGCCUCGGGGACAGCGGGGCAUUCUAAAUCUUAUGGCAACAUUGUGGGCAGCACCAAGGUAGCGGGGUCAAGAAGAAAGAGUAGUGCGAAAAGAAACAUCAGUGGAGAAGUUGGAAGCACAUUUACAGGCUCACAGAUCUGGGAAGAACCCGAGGAGGGUUCGCCUAGAGGUCGUUCCCAAGAAGAUAGAGACGUUCCGGCACCUCUACGACUCAAGCCUCGGAAUCCCCUUCAUCGAGUACAAUUUGCUCAAGAUAUUGCUGCACGGUCAAGUAGCACACCUCCAGAACAGACAAAGAAGCUUCACUUGACCGAGAUCCACCAAAAUCCUCCAACUCAAUCUCGCAACCCACUUUAUACUGCCAAUUCAUUGCCUGUCAUCACAACUACAAAGCCUGUCAGCGAUACAGACGAAGAAACAGAGAAACCGUUAACCAAAGAUGGACUUGAAAUAAGAAGUGAUGAGAUAAGACAGGCUACGAGCAUGCGCCUGAAGGACAGAAGUCCAAAGCUCCCGACACCUACGGUUGUCAGUGACAAACCAGGUCGUCCCAUCGUAAGCUUUGAUAAUAAUUGGAAGCCGAAGGAGGCUGAUGUGAAGCCAGAAGUGCGAAGAAGAUCUCCUUUCGACCGACCAUCAGGUCAAAGGCAAGGCAUACCUACUCGCUCAGAUUCGAAGGAUGUCGCAUCCUCUAUCCCGACCGUUCUCGUUCCUGAACCCACAGGUCAAGUAGAAAGCUCUUCCAACCCACCGACUACUGAUGGAGUUGAAACUCUUCCUUCUGUCCUUUCUAUUAAGAAACCCGAAUCCAAGAGUCCUUUACCUACAACGAUUUCCGGUCCUCGGCCUCCAAUCACCUCGUCCAAAUCCCCUUUUUCGAGAGCCUCUACCUCGACAUCUAGUCCGUCACAGCUUGUAUCAGCAGCCAAACCUCCAUUUUCGCGAUCUGCUGUUUCCACCAACGAUGUAUUACCUCCUGUUUCGAUGUUCAAAUCACCAUUCGCAAGGACUACUUCCGUCCCAACUGUUCAUACACAAUCACCAAAGCCCCUCACAAAGUCUCCGUUCUCGAGACCUUCUUUCAAUACACCACCACGAGCAAAUUCAAUUCCAAUUGUGACCACCACUCCGGUAACAAAUUCUUCUUUCAGUACACCACCACGGGCGAAUUCGAUUCCAGUCAUUAGUACCCCGCCUGUAUCAAGACCCCCAAUUCCUACGAUCAACCUACCCGAUUCACCACCAAUAAUUCCAACAAUCAGUAUCUCAGAUUCGCAACCUUCGAUUCCAACCAUCAACUUUCCUGACUCCACGCCGUCAAUUCCAAUUAUCAAUCUUCCUGACUCCACGCCGUCAAUUCCAAUUAUCAAUCUUCCUGACUCCGCACCAUCUAUACCGACCAUAAAUCUUCCUGACGCCCCUGAAAUAUCCAUCUCAGCGCCUGGAGUUCCUACUAUCAACGUCUCCCCAAGUCCAUCAACCAAUAGCGGCCAGCGACCACUUCCAGAUCCAAAAGCUGCUUCUAGCCGACCACGUCCACGUGGAUACGCAACUCCUCCAACUUCAAGGGGUCAUUGGUCCCCUGCAGCACCAGUUGGAAAUCGAGCAACAGCAACAUGUCAUCAAUGUUCCUUGCCAAUUGAAGGGCGAGUACUUGCACUUCAUGGUAAAUCCGAGCAUUUCCAUCCCCAAUGUUUUAUUUGCUUCAAUUGUGGCACGAGUCUUGAGUCUCUAGAGAUUCGUUUCGAACCAAGCAUCAAGCGCGAAGAGCGAGUCGAUCGAAUUAGACGUCGAGCCCGUGGUGAAGAUAUCCCUGAGGUCGAAGGACAAACAAUGGCCGAAGAUGGGGAUGAGAGAAUGAGAUUCUACUGUCAUCUUGACUGGCACGAAACAUUUGCUCCAAAAUGUAAACACUGCAAAACGCCAAUCCUCGGUGAACACACAAUCGCACUCGGCGAGCACUGGCAUUACGGACAUUUCUUCUGUGCCGAAUGUGGUGAUCCGUUUGAAAAGGGCCAGACCCAUAUCGAGAAGGAUGGCUACGCUUGGUGUCUUUCCUGCCAAACGAAACGUACCGCCAACCGCGCACCAAAGUGUAAAAAGUGCAAGAAACCGGUGAUUGGACAGUAUGUGAAUGCGUUGGGUGGAGAAUGGCAUGACGAAUGUUUUCGCUGUCAUGAUUGUCAACAUGGAUUUGAUGAUGGGUGUUUUUACCCAAAAGAGGUUGGGAAUGAGACGGUGGUGUUGUGUAUUAAGUGUGCGGAGAUUCAGUUGAAGGCUUGA